AAGUGUGCUGUGAGCCUCUCCUUAAGACAUUCCUCACAGGGGGAGGGGCUGAGACCAAAUUAGACACAAACCCAAAGCUUUGGGUGCUUAAUCACUAGCCCUGCCUAGCUUUAACCUGUGAUGUGUGCUCUACACAGGUACAGUACGUGAGCACAAGCCUGACACAUUGUCCACACUGCUGUUACAAUGCACAGUCAUAACGCACAGUAGAUGGCACCAGUACACCACUGCAAUUUUACACGACAAGAAAUCCGGAGGCGUUAACUGGCUCUGAUGCAUUGUCCCACUGAGGCUUCCUUACAGGAAAUACUAACUUCGAAGAGGAGGGGCUGAAGCGCUGCGGAAGGUUGUUUACAAACCGGAGUUUAACAACAAAAUAGAAGGGGGUUUGUUUUGUCAGGGUUAGUGCAUCCCGAGGAGAGGAAGAUGGGGAACACCAGCAGCGAGCGGCAGGGGGACCACAAGUCCCAACGGAGGGACAGCAGGGGCGGGUACUCCAAAGACGGGGACCAGCCGAAGAUACUGAUGGACAGCCCAGAGGAUGCGGACAUCUUCCAAGCAGAGGAGAUGAAGGCUCCAUUAGAGAAGGAGGAGUAUCUCGCCUGGAAGCAUGACGUGGAGGUGAGUGGCAAAGCCCCGACUCACGACAGGCCCACGGUGUUUCGCUGGACUGGAGGCGGGAAGGAUGUUUUCCUAGCAGGGUCUUUCAAUAACUGGAACAACAAAAUCCCUCUCACCAAGAGCCAUAAUAACUUUGUAGCUAUCCUGGACCUGCCAGAAGGAGAGCACCAGUACAAGUUCUAUGUAGAUGGGCAGUGGACACAUGAUCCCUCCGAGCCGGUGGUGACCAACAAGCUGGGAACAGUCAACAACGUGAUCCAGGUGAAGAAGACGGAUUUCGAAGUAUUUGACGCCCUGAUGGUCGACUCCCAGAAGUGUUCUGAUGUGUCGGAAUUGUCGAGCUCUCCUCCCGGCCCGUACCUCCAGGACGCCUACAUCAACAAACCAGACGAGCGCUUCAAGGCUCCUCCCAUCCUCCCUCCUCACCUGCUGCAGGUCAUCCUCAACAAGGACACAGGCAUCUCUUGUGAUCCUGCAUUGCUGCCUGAACCUAACCACGUGAUGCUAAAUCACCUGUAUGCCCUUUCCAUCAAGGACGGUGUGAUGGUUCUCAGUGCUACUCAUCGGUACAAGAAGAAGUACGUAACGACUCUGCUAUACAAACCUAUAUGAAUCCGGAAGCUUCUGUCUAACCCUAACCCUAACCCUAACCCUAACCCUAUAUGAAUCCGGAAGUCCUGCCCCCUUGACUGAUUUGAUGGAAACACACAGAGGGAUCAAGCUCUGCUUUCAGUGUUUAGCCAACAGUAUUGCAUUCCAGUUUGGCUGCUGCUUUCUUUUUCAUCUUCCAAACCCCAAAGUCUGACUGAAGCAGGCAGCUGAUGCUACUCUGUGAAACUUGCCACCAGAUCUCUGAAAUACCGACAAGGUCAAGAAGACUUGCCUGGAUCCUUUUCAAACUCUUUCCAUCAAGCAGUUCUCUUUCUGUCCAGAGAGGAAAAGACUGAUGUCAGUUGAAAACCCUUUUCUGUGUAUCCUGUGGUGCUCAACAGCUUGCUCGAGUGGAUUAGACAUGUACUGUGUGCUCGCUGAUUUAGUAUUUUUUUACAUCAGAUUAUUAUUGUAGUUUUGGCCAGUGUUCCUGUUGUAUUUUCUUAAGGAUGUGUAAUAAGCAAACAGUCUCCAAUAGGACCAACUUUAAAUGGACUUGGCUGUAGUAUAUCUAUAUUGACUGAUUUAAUCACUGUUUUCUUUUAAAAGAAAGAAAAAAAGGUUAAGAAUUCCUUUGUUUAGAUGACUGAAUAACUUUUCACCUAAAUGUAAUUUGUUUUUAUGGCGAAGGAUAGUUUUACAGCAGCUGUUUUAUUAAAAUGCACUAUAUAAACCAAAUAUGUUAUUAUACAUGUACAAUUAGUUUAGUAAAAAAAGAAAUCUUUGUAAAUGCCUGUUAAUUAUGUGUUCCUGUUCUAGUCAGUGUUUUUCAACACUACGCACAAUGCAAGUUUAAAAUGUAUAACUAAAAGGUGAGUAAAUUGCACUUUAAAUUGA